AUGCUCUACUACAGUAUCGUAUGUUUGCAAACGUGUCGUGCGAUCGAGGCAAACGAGCGGUUGGUGGCUGAUCGUCAUCUCGAAAUUGAGCAGAAUUUGAGUCCACCCGAUGAUGAUGAUGAUGAUGAUGAAGAAGGAAGUGAGGAUGAUGAGUACCAGCAUCUGCAGGAACAUCGUCCAGAAAAUGCAGCCACGUCGUCGGCCUCAUCGCCUUCGCCGCCAAUACCAUCACCAUCAUUAUCAUCUACAGCUGCAGGAGCG